AUGUUUCGAUCAUCGUUACGGUCUGUGUCAGACCCUCUUCGUGAUCAUGUCUGUUUUUCCUGUUUAGCAAUCCGCCUGGAAGGCCAGGUUCAGACUCGCGCCUUUCGCACCACUCGUUUGUCGCGCGCAGAAGCCGGUAACGAAGACUCAGGAGCCACGCCCGAUGAAUUACCUGCUGGAGGUGUUCCGCCAUUACACAAGAAGCCGAAAACGCGGCCGGCAUCGAGAGAAGCAGAAACAACGAAAUGGAGCCCUCGCACAGAUCACGCAGCAAAAGGCAAGCCUAAACACUUGCGAAAAUCUGUUGUAGACAAAAUCCGGGCGAUUCGUUCUGAUCAUGACCGAGUAAAGGCCAGGGAACCGGGUAGCAAACUCAAGAAAAAGGGUGUUGAAAACAACUUGAAAAACAUUAUUCAUCAAAUUAAAACACCUCGGGAUUCACAGCGUAUGGAUCAGAAAUAUAGUGUAUUCCCGCCACUUCCUGGAAUAUUCACGUCUUCGGCAGCAGGCCGACGACGCGACAAGCUGUAUCUGGCACGGCAAAACUUCAAAGAGCUCGACGUGCCGACGCAACCGGUACCAAAUUUGGCUUAUGGCCUACAGAGAGUUCUUUUCAAUCCUGGAGUCUACCACCUUCGUGAUCCUCGGUCUCGUGUCUUCAAUUUCGAUCCGUACUUGGGUUCCAUCAUGCCUGUUACCGAAUUCGAUUUCGCAGCCUUGAAAGACUAUAUCACGUCAUCCCAAGACGAAAUAUUGCGAAACGAGGCGAUAAAAAGUAACAAGAAAUAUAUAGGAUCGUCUUCAAGCAUGACAAGCGUUUUGUCACACUUCCAUUACCUGCUGUCAGCGUGGCGCCCUAUCAGAACGGAUGUGCUCUCUCGAGGAUUCGAUGAUAAUGCAAAGAACUACACACGUAUAAUGCGAGCGCCUGCUGCCAUGAUUUUACGGUACAAGGAUGGUGUCUAUGCAAUAGAUGCCGAUAAAGAAUUCGAUUCGGCCAACAUCCUGAUGAACUUAGGUAAAUCGAUGGAGAAGCUUCUCACCUUACCGAAAGAUGAGUUCGAGCGCUACCGGAGAUCCCACCAGAAUAAGAUCACACCUGAGGAAGAGGCGUCUUUACCGGAAUCUUACCACUAUUCAACCAUGGGAGAUUUCUUGAUGAGGUCUCAACUCGAUGCCCAUGACCCACGCCUUCCUGGUACCGGAAUGUUUGAUCUGAAGACACGCGCAGUCAUAUCUAUUAGAAUGGAUGCGCGCAACUUUGAGGCUGGCCUGGGAUAUCAGAUCAAAUCACGCUUUGGCAAGUACGAGUCGUAUGAACGUGAGUAUUUUGAUAUGAUUCGCGCGGCUUUCCUCAAGUAUUCACUUCAGGUCCGUAUUGGGCGCAUGGACGGGAUUUUUGUGGCGUUCCACAACAUUGAACGAAUUUUCGGCUUCCAGUACAUUAGUUUGCCGGAAAUGGAUAAAGCGAUACAUGGUCAAACGGACACGGCGCUGGGUGACGGUGAAUUCCGUCUAAGCCUUCAGCUCUGGAACAAAGUACUUAACAGGGCUACUGAAAAAUACCCUGGAAAGUCUCUCCGGUUCCACUUUGAGACCAGAGACACCGCGAUGCCAUUCAUGUACAUCUUCUACGAGCCCGUCACCGACGAAGAAAUCGAAGCCAUCCAAACUAGGAACAAGGCAGAAAUCGACGCCUACCAGCAACGGAUCCUAAAAUACGCCCCCGAUGCAAAUGGUCAAGACCCUUCUCAGGAGGAUCAAGAAUCCGAAGCUGUCGCUGCUGAAAAUGAAGCCGCUGAAGACUCCCAAGAGCCCGAAGUUGCCGCCGCUAAAGAUGAAGCCAUUGAGGACACCACGCCAAAGCCAGAAGAACUAGGAAACACAGAAGCCUCUUCGAAAACCGAUAACCGCGAGCUUUCCGGCAUGGUACUCAUGACACUAAACCGUGUGAAUGGCCGCCCUGUUGGCCGUCCCUACGAUAUCACCGAAAAUGACAGCUGGAGCGUUGAAUACGAGUUAACUGAUUUGGAAGGUCCAAAAGUUAGAAGUUUCUACAAUGCCUGCCAGCACCGUCGUAAGACCCUUCUUGAAGGAAAGGACGACUUUUCGGGCGAGACGGCGUACCUAAAGAAAUUGAGGCGGCUUGCAUAUGAGGGCCGAAAACUUCGCAAAGCGCAGGAUAAAGAUGACAAGAAGCAUGGGGUCACUGUUUUGGACGGUGUGGAGCAUUGA